AUGCAUAUUUUUUCUCGAGCUAAUCGAACUAUAGCUUAUUUUGAACAAGUCCACAUGAUAUACCCGUUCCUGGAUCGAGAUUCAUUCGAGGAGAGAGCUUCAUCUUUCAAUCCCCAAGACUCAGGUCCAACUCAUGAGACAUGGCUGGUUCUGUAUCACACUGUGCUUAGCCUCGGGUGCAUGUACCAUGACGGGGGUUCAUUUGAGCCUGCAAAGGGCCUAGCAUGGUACUACUUCAGCCUCGUGUUCCACCAUUUCCAAGAUGUGUUGAUGUGUAAGGCGUCUUUACUCAAAGCCCAGGCAGUAUUCGCUCUGAAUUACUCAAGUCUGCAGAUCGAGACGUUGUGCAUCUCAGAAGCGGCAAGGACAGUCAUGACUCUGGGUUUGCACAAGAGAAACCUUGACCGCGGCCCAUACCAAGAAGGUAGAAGGAUAUUUUGGGUCGUAUAUUGCUUGGAAAAAGAGUACGCUUUUAACUCAAGCAGCGCUUCUUUGAUAUCGGACAUGGAUAUCAGCUGUCCGCUUCCCACAGAUUUGCCGAUACACACCGAAGGUUUGGCCUGGCUUCCUUGCUGGGCACGCUACUCGAGGAUUCUGUCAAGAGCAUAUGAUUCCCUCUUCUCGGUAUCUGCUACCUUGAUUCCAACAGAAGAAUGCUUUCGGCGUAUGGAUUGCAUCAACUACGAACUGCAAUCAUGGCUAAACUCGAUUCCCGAUAGCCUGCGUCCCGGUUCGUCAUUGCAUCAACAUCGAUCCAGGCCUCUGUAUAUGCAAGAAAUGGCAUUGAGGAUCCACUUCUCAUAUUACAAUUUGAGAAUUUGUAUAUCACGAAUAACUCUCAAUCGGUGCCCGAACAAAGGAUCGCCGCGAAGAUCCGAAAACGAGAAGUGUUUGUUGACAACAGCACGCGCGAUCAUCGAGUCAACCUAUAUGAUCGCCAUGAAUCCCUUCACUCCUGUCUGGAUACUCGGAGUUAUGCCAAUGGUUGCAAUGUUCAUUGUCUUCGAUUUUGUUGUUCACAACCCGCUACAUGCUGAGACCAGGAGAAAUCUGUCAUACCUUGACAUAGUUGCUGCCCACUACGCCAGACUCGACUUAUUAGCGCAAGGCACCAUCCACGAUGCCAGGGUCGCAGAUUUUACCUCCAUCACACGCCUCUACGUUGAGUCUUUGACCGGAGACUCAGCAAAUACCGCUGAUAAUACUCUUGCAGGUGCCGGAUCCGACAUUCGCCGAGAGCCACCUAACGACAGUUCACUCGGAGUUGGAAAUCCUGAUUUCAUGUCGCAAUAUGAGUUUGAGCAACUGUCGGCCACAGGGGCCAACAGUAUGGUAUGUUUCCGGUUUUUUGUUAUCGUCGAAGCCCCUUUCUCGCAACUCUUACGUCAAGAUUUCUCCCUUAUCUUUCGCAUUGCGACAAACCCGUUGACGUUUUCUAGAUGA